AUGUCAUCUUCCCACCCCGGUAAAAGCGUCUUCGAUACCGUUGUUACCAUCGGUUCGCUUGGCUUCGUCCCCGUCGCCGUCCGCUUUCGCAUCUUCCCUAUUCUAUCCGACUUUGGUGGUCUUGCGAAUGGCCGAGAUGUGCGCGAUGCAUACUUGAAGAGCGUGCGCGGUGGCACUACCGAUACGCCACAGGAUACCCUCGUCGCAAUGACCGCUCUCUCCUGGAUCGACGCCGCAGGCGAAAACCUCUACCGCGCGAACAAGUUGACCGAAUAUCUAGGGAAGACGCCAUCUGCUAUACACGGGAUUCUACAUUUUACAACAGAAGUCCUCCUCUCCUCCGCCUUCCUGAUGCGCAAGCUCGAAUCUACGGGGUUUGAAUACCCAUUCAACGGACUGGAGACGCCAACGCAGUAUGCGUAUGCUUUAAUGGGUCGGGACGAUCUUGCCUCCUUGCAUACGUAUGCGAUUAUGGCGGCCGAGGGCCGCAUUGCGAGUUUUAAUACCUUUAUGCAAGGUCGGUUUGGGAUGGAUGGGAAGACGCCUGAGCGGUUGCAAGCGCUCGGAUAUGAUCUUUCUUCUGUUGUACAGGGGGCGCGGCAGGAGGGAAUUCCGGUGAAAAUGGUUGACAUUGGUGGUGGACGGGGUGAUUUGUUGCGCGAUAUCAAGGACGUUAUACCUGGGUUUGGAAAGGAGGAUUUGAUUGUCGCGGAGUCGAAUGCUGAUAUUACUGAUAUACCGGGACUUACUUUGGUUAACUGGGACUAUAUAUCAGAGGAUGUACCCGGGAUGAUUAAAGAGGCGCUGGUUUAUCAUCUGUCCGGUGUCCUGCAUAACCUCCCUGAUCUGGGUGCUGCGAGGCUAUUGCAGAAGAUAGCAGGGGCGAUGGCGAGGUAUUCUCGGGUUCUGAUCCAUGAGAGAUGCAGGGAUGAAAUUCCGGCGGCGAAUGCUACGAUGGUGGUGCUUUAUGGUGGGAGAGAGCGGAGUCGAGAGGACUGGCGGCAGUUGGCGGAGCUGGCCGGGUUGAAGGUUACCUUUAUGGUCUUUCCGGAUGGGCCUGGGCAGGGGGUUGUUGAGAUGAAGAAGAUGUAG